AUGACCACACGUACAUCGCUCGCGAAGCGGGACGCCAACACGCUCGCGUCGAGCGACAACAGCAUCGACCACACCAGCGUCAAACGGGCCAGGACGGACAGGGACGAGUUCGAUUCGGACGAUGUUGACGACGACGCGCUGCUCGCCGCUGCACUAGAGGCCGAGUCCGCCGCAUCCUCCCAGCCGGCGCCGUCGUCGUCGCAGUCCGUACCACCCACCAGCGGUGCGAACCACUCCUCACCGCCAGCAAGUCCAGCAGGCAAGAUCACUACGGCAAUAGCCACGCCACACACUUCGAUGCGGCAGACCACCCUGCUCACGCCGUCCAAAGCAGCACCCGCCGCGACACCCGCAACACCCGCGCUGCCCAAAGUGCAACCUCCUGCGGACGAUUCCGAUCCGCUGUGGCUGGAGCGCCAGACCAUGUCGCCGUCCUGGUUCGACAUACUUCGUCCCGAGAUGGACAAGCCGUACUUUGCGACGCUCAAGUCGUUCCUCGCCGCACAAGACCGUGCGGGCAAAACGACGUACCCGCCUCGCGAGCUAAUCUACUCGUGGUCUCGUCUUGUCCCCUCUCCCCGGCACGUGCGCGUCGUCGUUGUCGGCCAAGAUCCCUAUCACGGGCCGGAUCAAGCCUGUGGGCUGUCGUUCUCCGUGCCCAAGGGUGUGCGUACCCCUCCCUCCCUCAAAAACAUCUACAAGGAGCUCGCUGCCGAGUAUCCUUCCUUCCACGCGCCUAACCACGGUUGCCUUGAGGGCUGGGCACGUCAAGGCGUGUUGUUGCUCAACGCAUGUCUUACCGUUUCUGCGGGCGCUGCUGCUUCCCACCACGGUAAAGGCUGGGAGGGUCUUACGAAGCAUAUCCUCAAACGCAUUGCCGACGAGGCGGCAAAGUCGCGGGCGGCCAAAGCGGCAAGCGCCAAUGCGGUCGCCACAUCGACCAUCGCGACAAUGUUUGCAAAGGCCCAGUCGAAUCCAAAGCCCGAAUCAAAGCCAGUCCAACCCGUGCAAGGUGACGCAGAGGAACAGUGCAGGGGUGUUGUGUUUUUGGUAUGGGGCGCUCCUGCAGCCAAGACGCUCGCGGAGGCAGGUGUGAACGACAAGUCGCCCAACGUACUCAUCCUAAAGUCCGCACAUCCAUCACCGUUAUCGGCACACAGAGGAUUCCUGGGUAACGGCCACUUUAAAAAGGCCAACGACUGGCUCGCUCAACGCUAUGGUCCCGAUGGAACCAUCAAUUGGUCAGACUUGUAA